UUUGGAAAGCUCGGUGGAUUGCAGUUGAAGUCCGCCAUUUUAGUUAGAGAGCGUCGUGGAAGAUGAGUGAAGAAACAGCCCCUGAAGAAAAGCCGAGUGAGCUCACCGAAGAGCAGAAACUGGCGCUCAAGUUUCCGGGGAAGAAACCAGUUGCCACUGAUAUUUUGAAAAAGAGAAUGCAGAGAGGGGUGAAAUAUUUUGAUUCUGGCGAUUACGCCAUGGCGAAGAGCGAGAAAAAAGUAGGUCCCGCCGCAGCGGCCAUUGGUAACAGGGGAAAAUUGCCCGUUGGAGUCGGAAAAGCCAUCCCCACACCCGAUAACAUCCCACACAGGAAAACGUCUGUGCCUACAGACUAUCACACUCGUGCAAGAAGUGGAGAGUUUAACCUUGUAAUGGAUCAGUAAUCUUCUGGUUUGGAGAGUGCUCAAGACUUCAUCAUUAGUUAAACUAAAAGCUACACUUGUAGUUAGCAUAAAUGAUCAUGGUAUAUUAAUGUUCUGAGGUAAUAAUGCUUGACUUAAUUUUAUGAAGUAGUGUAACAUAAGUACUUACUUGCUUUCAAAGUUUAAACACUUGCACUAUUUUUCCUGAUAAGAUGUACUCUUUCUUGUUCAUUUGAUGCUGUGGCUAUUGUAAUUUGAUAUGGAAUUAAUGGUUAACUCUGUGUUAAGUAGUUCACUGAAGAGAAACUAUUUUUUGUUAUGUAAUUGUACAGUAAUGUGGUAAAAUAUUUACUUAAAGCUCUUUUAUUCAAUUGCUUAGGGCAUAGGAUUUUGGCAGGGUGAGUUCCAGUUCUCAAACUAGUUGUUAGUGCUUACCAGUGCCAGCUGCAUGUUUAUAUCUACAUUUUCCAUGUACAAUCAUUAUUUAUAAAACUAAAUUAUCAUAAUUUAAGCAUGUCUAUAGUUCUCUGCAAAUGGUAUUUAAAAGGAAGAAUACUCAGUUAGUUAACAAGAUGUGUGGAAAAGGUAGAAAAAAUAUAUUAAAAUGUAUAAAUUGCCAAGGAACUCUUUGCUCAAACAAAUCUUUCCUCUAACAGUCUUGUGCUAAAACAGGUUGGUGGACUCCUAAACUACAUGUAAAAUCGUUGAAAUGAAAUAAAGGGACCUAAACUUAUCAUAUCAGGAAAUAUAUCUCCAGAUGGCAGUAAAGCAGGUUCUAAAUUGUCUUCUUUUCUCCCUCUCUCCAGUGCAAUUCCUUUAAAAAACUGGUUGUGAAAAAACAAAUAACUUUAUCAUCAAUUAUGAUAUCUCAUUGUUUUAGCUUAUUCAACUAAAACCUUGUAAAGAAGGAGAUGUGUUUUAUUUUUCAAAGCUCUUUCACCCUAAAUUUACCAAUUUUUUGACCUGCAUUUUGCCUAACUCAAGUUACUAUCCAUAAGAGGAAGUGAGACAGCUAAAGGAGAGAAUAAAUUGUCCAAUUGGAGUGAGUCAUUAGAGCUGUAUUGAUCUAGGCUGUAGCUCCACCUCUGUCUAGUUUUUUAUUAUAAGUGCCAAUUUUGAUAAUGCAUUGACUGUCUUUCACUCACAAAUGCAAUAGCAUACUUCAAUUAAAUUCAUGACUUUUUGUUACCUAUCAAUUCUCAUGUAUUCCAAAAUUGUUUAUAAACAAACAUUUACAUGCCUCAAAUGGCAUUUGCUUAGAAAUAAAAACAGUUCCAAACUGACCUGUGUGAUUGCCUCUUAAUUAUUUGAAUGAAGUUUCAAAGAACCUUUAGAUUAUAGCUUACAAAGAAUAUAUUAAGAGGUGAGGCAAUGAACUUUGAGAGUAAGUUGUUACCUAUCUUGAGACAAACAGCUGUAUCAAUUUCCAGCUAUGAUCUUAUUUGCAUGUGUCAUUGAACAUGCAGGUUGGGAAGUUGUUUAGAUGACUUUCAUCAAGAUUGAAAUUUGGUGACAGCUUAAAAUUGCAAACUGAGAAAGUCAGUGGUCUAAAAUGUCAAAGUGAUUUGUUAAAUAAGCUGUGAACUUUAAAAAUCUACUUUAAAAAAUGAGAACAGUUAAACUCAGUUACAUCAUUAACUGAAGUCAAAAUAUUUGUUAACGAAAUUGUUUAAAUCCAAAGUAAAUGCAAUAAACCUAACUUUGAGAUUUUUAGUCAGAAUUAUGGCAGAUUUUUGUAUGUAACUUAAGUAAACUGCAUGGUAAAUAAAUUUGUUACCUACAUUAGCUUCAACAAUUUAGAUGUAGUUACCAAAGGAUCAAAUGAAUUUUUGGGAGGGGAUAUUGCAGUGACUGUCAUAAACCUGUCUUUAGAAGUGCAGUUGUAGAAUGAAGUGGCUAUUAGGGUGGAAGAAUCCUCAUCUAGGGAGAAUGUUGUUUUAAAUCAAUAUGGUCAGAUUUGGAAAUAAUUCAUUGAAAUUUUGUUUUUAUGAUGUGAACAAGUUUACUUUGAAUGCCACUGUUUUGCUGAGUUUUCGUUCCAUACCCCCUCUUACUUGCCCAGUUGCGCAUUAGAGGAAACCAGGUAGAAUGUAUUCAUUGUCAUAUUUUGCAACUGUAUUAACAUUGUAAGAAACCCAUUGAUUUGAUAUGCUUCUUAUAAGGUUGCUCUCAGUCAAAUUAUAGUCUUGAUUACCAACUGCUGUUUGGGAAAUAAACACACACUUCUACCCCAAAUAGAAAUGGCAGAAAUCCAACCUACUGUACCAAGAUAUUUUCUUUAAUAAAAUUGAGAAAACUUCUGUGGAUAACUUUUCACUGAUAGUUCUUCCUGACUGUUGAUGCUGAACUUUGUAUUUACAGAAGCCAUGUGGAACACACUGUCUCUCAGUGUAACCUUUUUUUCAAUCUUCAGUGUUACAUAAGUUUCCUUUGAUAUAUUAUAUGAAACGUGAGUGCUUGUUGGCUUACCACAGCACAAAGUACAGCACUGAAAAGAAUAUCUUUGACUCAAUUGGUUUUUUUUGUCCAUGAACCACCAACAUCAGUCUAAAAUUUUCAAGAGAGAUCUGACUUUUCACCUUGUAUAGAAGAUGUGUUGUUAUAUCUCAAAGAUCUUUUACCCUACAUUCUACUUUUUCUUUUGGCUUGCAUUUUGCCCAACUUUUGUAACUACCCAUAAGAGGAAGUGAGACAGCUAAAGGAGAGGGUAAAUCGUCCUAUUGGAGUAAGUCACUAGUACUGUGUUAACCUGGGCUGUAGACCCGCCUUUGUUUAUUAUUGUAAGUGCUAAUUUUAUCAAAGCUUUGACUGUUCCUCACUCACAAAUACUUCCUUAUACCUCAAUUUACUUCAAAACUUUUUGUUACCUGUCAAUUCUAGUGUAUCCUCAAGUUGUGCAUACAUACAUUUGCUUAGAAAUAAAAACAGUUCCAAACUGA